AUGACACUCAACAGUUUCGGAAACGAGACUGUUGUUGAUUCACAUAUUUCAGUUGAUCUUAUUCAUCGUAGAAAAGAACAAUUAAAAAGAGAAAUUCAAGAAAUUCGUGAAAAAAUUGCUCAAUGUGAAGUUGAAAUGUCAAUAAUACAAUCUCAUAAUACUACUAACCGUCAAAAUGGAAAUAUCAAACAAUGGAUAAUUGGUAAAAGGCAAUUUAAUGAGAAUCCAAAAGAAGGUAUUCGUUGGCUUAUUGAUAAUAAUCUUAUUCAAAAUACUCCAGAACAUGUGGCUGCAUUUCUAUUUAAUGAAAUUGGUUUAAGUAAACGCGCAAUUGGUGAUUAUCUUGGAGAAAAAGAUGAUUCUCAUAUUGAAGUUCUCAAACAUUUUGCUCAUAUGUAUGAUUUUUUUUCAACCGAUAUUGUCGAAGCUUUGAGACGUUAUUUAUUUACAUUUCUUCUUCCAGGUGAAGCACAAAAAAUUGAUCGAAUUAUGGAAGCAUUUGCUCAACGUUAUUAUGAAUGUAAUCCAGAUAUAUAUGCUAAUGCUGAAAUAUGUUUUAUUUUAUCAUUUGCUAUAAUUAUGUUAAAUACAUCAUUACAUAAUAAAAAUGCUCGUUUGGGUGGUCCAUUUACAUAUGAAAAAUUUGUCUGUAGUUUAAAUGAAGCUAUUCCACGUCAACAUAUGCCUGAUACAAAUCUAAUCAAAAAUAUUUAUGAUAAUAUUAAAAAUAAUGAAUUAAAAUUUCCUGAUGAUGAUAUUGAUUUAUCGAGUGUCAGCGCCAGAAUUAAAGAGGGUGACUCCAUAAUAAUUAAAGAAGGAUGGUUAUGGAAACAAGGUGGUCGUGUUCGACAAUGGAAACGACGAUGGUUUGUUAUAACAGAUGGUUGUCUUUUUUAUUAUGAAUCUAGAACAGAAGUUGAUAAUCCUCGUGGUAUAAUACCAUUAAUUGAUGUUGGUGUUCGAGAAAUUGAAGAUGAUCGUACAAAACAAUUUUGUUUUGAACUUUUUCCACUUGCUGGAGAAAAAGUUAAAACAACAAAACCAAUACCAGGUGAAAUAGGAAAAGCUACUGAAGGUAAUCAUACUGUUUAUCGAAUGUCAGCAUCAUCAGAAGAUGAACGUAAAGAUUGGAUUCGUGCAUUACGUAUUGGAAGUCAAAAUGAACUACCUAAACAACGAUCAUCUUAA